AAUAUAUUCUUUAAAUAUUUCAUUUAAAUUUCAUAUAAUAAAAUUGCAAGUAAUAAUGUCGAAAAAGUGUGACGUGCGUGCACUUAGCGAUGGUGCACUAGCCGAGUUGGCCAACUUGAUUGUAUCUACUUUGGGUUAUGCCAAAUAUGCACCGGAUGUGCAUCUUGACAUUGAAGUUGUCAUGGUGGAAAUAAACCAAUACCUAGAAAUAUGUGGGGCUACAUCAAAUAUAUAUCAGGAUCUGCUACGCGUGAUACUUUGCUCAGAUUAUUUGGAUGCAAAUAUGCGUUUUACUUGCCUGCAGAUGUUACUCAAUUGCAGUGUAACUUUUCUCGUGACAGAUGUCUUCCCCUUUUCCUACUACCAGAAAAUAUUACAGGUAAUAGCAGCACAAGGAUCUGGCUUACGUGUACUUAAUCUUAAAGGUGUUUGGGUUAAAGAAGAGCAUAUGCAUUACAUGUUCGAAAUAAUUAAAAAAUGUCAGUACCUAACAAAAUUAUUUGUACCAUACAUAGCAAACGAUGACUUGCUUGAAGUGAUCGCUAAGCAUAGCAAAAACUUACGUAUACUGGAUAUUUCCGGAGAAACGGAUGUUACCGAAAACGGUAUUUAUUCACUCAGUAACGGUGUUUGUUGUCAGAAUCUUGCUGUAAUAGACGUUGGCAUGCCCGGCGAGGAAAAUAUUUGCUACUCUGAUAUAGCACUAAUUCUGGAAAAUUGUCCAAAUGUGGAAACUCUCGCCACGUACUCAUUUGUGGGACCAGCUUUAAAAUUCGUCCAUGACAAUGUUGAUGAAAACUUCAAGUGUAAGUUAAAAUAUAUGCAUGACACAUCCACCGAUGAAGAUCAUUUAAAUGUCAUUGUAAAGACUUGUCCGGAUUUAGAGUCAAUUUAUCUCGACACACCGAAGCCUGGUUGCCUGCAUAUAAUAAAUAAAGUGAUUCUAAGAAAAUUAAAGAUAUAUAAAUUCUCUUGUGCUGAAUUAAUGAGCGUUUUAGAGGAGCUCGGACAAAAUUUAAGCCACCUAACUAUGAUUAAAGGUACUGGCGGUAUUGAAAUUGGUAAACUAGCGCGAUUAUGCCCUAACCUCAUUGAUUUGGACUGCUAUAUGAUGGAUGGCUUGACUUAUUUAAAUCAUCAUAUUAAGUUUCAAUGUUUAGAGGGUCUUGAAAUGUUACAAAGUUUUAUUCCCAAUAUUUCAUUAAAGUCUCUGAUCUCUAAUUGUACUUUGCUUAAACGACUGGCUGUUGAUAGUGUAACAUUUUGUGACGAAGAUAUUGUCAGCAUUUUUAUAGAACACAAUUUUGAUUUUUUGGAAGAUGUAUGGUUUACAUUAGCACCCAACUUAACCGUGCAGUCAAUAGAAAUUUUAAUGGAUCGUUGUCCAGAAUUACAAACUAUUGGUCAAUUAAGUGGUUGGUCGCUAACACCUGAUGACUUGGCGCUUAUACGUGCUUUACUGAAAAGUGGAAACUCUAGCCUUGUACUUGCUCCAAACGGUUUUUUUCCAUAAUUUAUUACUAAUCCACUAAUCAAAUUAGGGUACAAGCGGCUGCAAUGAUACCGUAGAAAGUGAUGUCAAUAACCUCUGAUGCUUCUUCCCCUUAGUUUGAUUGAAGACGUUUUGAUAUAUAAAAUGUGAUAUAUAUGAGACAUGAAAUUGUUAAGAAUGUGAAAUCAUGGUAUUUUAACAAACAAUGUUGUAAAAAAAUUUUUGUUCACAAUAAAACUA